AUGAAGGAAGCAAUUAUUUCCCAGGGACCCCAGGUGGAAAUCAUCGAGUCUCCGAUCCCAACUCCUGCCGGAGGCCAAGUUCUCAUACGGAACUUUGGCGACAACAUGGCGGGAUAUGUUGAGUCAGUCGGCCCCGGCGUUUUCGAGUUCCAGCCUGACGACUUGGUUGCUGCAUUCCACGAGAUGUAUACUCCUCAUGGUUCAUUUGCAGAAUAUGCCAUUGCCCCUGCCAACACUACGUUUCCUCUUCCGCAAAACAUAUCUUUUGAACAAGCUGCGACUGUGCCGCUGGCCUCCAUGACAGGUGCGAAGAAUAUAUAUCGGAUACCACCGCUUGUUUUUUACGGUGCCGGGGCCGCAGUUGGGAAUUUUGCCGUUCAACUCGCCCGCAAAAGCCAGCUUCAUCCUCUCAUCUGUGUUGCUGGGCAAUCGAAAGAUCAUGUCGAAACGCUUAUCGACCGCAGCAAGGGAGAUACAAUCAUUGACUACCGUCUCGGACCCGAACAUGUCGUCGCUGAGAUUAAGAAAGCUGUAGGCGGGAAACCUCUAUUGUACGCGUUCGAUUCCGUUGCUGAAAAGGGGAGUGACAAGAUCUUGGGUGCUGUUAUAGACCCACCGAAUGGAAAGAUCGCCAUGGUUCGGCCCAAUGACCGUACAAAGAUCUGCAAGACACCUGGAGUGAAGAUGGACUUUUUCACCCUACCCAAGAUGGAAGGGGUACCAGAAGCAGUUGAGGCGUUCUGGACCGCUGUGGGCUCUGUCCAUGGAGCCGACAAGCAUUUCGGCUUUGUCUUCUCUCGCUACAUUGCCCUGGGUCUUGAGGAGGGCUGGUUCAAACCGCACCCAUUUGAAGUCAUUCCGGGAGGUCUGAAUGGUCUCACAGAUGGUUUGACAAGGCUUCUUACUGGUCAGGCGCAUGCGGUAAAGUAUGUAUACCGGAUCGGGAAACAUGACUGCAAGUAG